ACCACCUCCCAGCGCCGACCUCUCGAUGGGUCAAGCCGCCGGCCGCAGCUCAGCUUGCCCGCGAACGAGGCCGCGGUCAUCGACCCAAGAGGUCUUCGCAGGUGCCUAUGGGUGGAAUGCGCCCGUCACACCUCGCAUCGCUGGCGGCCAUCUCGAGAGCACUUUCGCGACAGCCGCGCCGCGUCUCGGACCCGUUGCGGCGGGGCCUCCGUGACAGCCGGAGCCACACCUCCUCCGAAUCGUCGCCGCCGCCGCCGCCGACUGCGAGGCUGCCCUUUCGAUUCGAGACGGGCGUCGGCCUGUUUGCAAAGCGCGCGCCAAGGCCGUUUCCUCCACCGUUCCUGUCGCCCCCGUCCGGGUCCUUCUCCGACCCCCUGAGCACCCAUCACCAGAGCCGAGAUCGGCGCGCCUUUGUCAACGGGGAGCUUAUUCGUGGGCUCACAAACGGCGACGAUGCCGUGUACGCGAGCGACUUUUUCGUGUGUGCGAAUGAUGGGGUAGGGGCUUGGGCGACUCGUCCCCGUGGUCAUGCUGGCCUCUGGUCGCGGUUAAUACUGCACUAUUGGGCCGGCGCCAUUGAAGAUGACCUAGCCAAGGAGCACGACAAGCCGGACCCUAUCGGGACACUGCAGACGGCCUACGAACGAACGUUGGACGCGACGGUACCCCACGACUGGCAGGGUACAACGACGGCGUGCGGGGCCCAGCUACACUACAGAAUGCCCCCGGAGACUGUCGGGGGUGGCCCGACGCCUUUCCUGUACGUCACGAACCUGGGGGACUGCCAGGUCAUGGUGGUCCGGCCUCGACGAAAAGAAGUCAUCUACAAGACGAAGGAGCAAUGGCACUGGUUCGACUGCCCGCGCCAGCUCGGAACCAACAGCCUCGAUACGCCAAUGGAACAAGCUGUAAUGGACUCAAUGGACAUCGAGGUGGGGGAUGUUGUUUUGGCCAUGAGCGAUGGCGUCAUUGACAAUCUCUGGGAGCAUGAGAUAGUCGAGUCGCUCGUCACAAGCAUCGGCGAAUGGGAGUCGGGGAAAGGCGCGCAUGCGCAUGAAGACCGCACCGGCGGCCGUAACGGGGGUAUGAGUGCGGCAGCAAAGGACCUUGUCGCCGCCGCACGAGAUGUGGCUAUGGAUCCGUUUGCCGAGAGCCCCUUCAUGGAACGCGCCAUCGAGGAAGGUCUCGCGAGCGAGGGAGGCAAGCUAGAUGACAUCAGCGUCGUUGCGGCUCUAUGUAUACAGAACGAGCUUUAACCGGGAAGACCAUGGGUGGCAUGGCCCGAGGCGUACCGCGCAGUUUGUUGCUGUGAGUUCUCGGGACCAUGGCCCAUACCACGUACCUAUUGUUACUGGGCGACCAUGGCGUUCGGCUAAGUACAGCGUGCGAAUUCUCAACAUACUAUUAUAAGGCAUAUAUGACACCGUAGGCUUUGGGCUUUCCUUCCCCUUCAUUCCACGUGCGAGGCAACUAUGCACGAGCAAUCCAAUGUUUGCGAC